AUGAUAGGACGUUUGCUGGUACGGCAGCUGAGGACAGUUCAGAGUUUAAAGCCGCUAUGGUUACAGGGUAACAUUUAUAAUGCAACAGCUAGACUUAGAAAACCGUUAAUACAGCAGAGACACCACGGUAUUUUGCAUGAGCCUAAGAAGGGAGAGGAGUUGCAUGUUACAUUUAUAUUGAAGGAUGGGACUCAAAAGACAUUUGAGGUGUGUGAAGGUGACACAUUGCUGGAUAUAGCGCAGGGACAUAAUUUGGACGUUGAGGGAGCUUGUGGUGGUUCUUGUGCGUGUUCCACAUGCCAUGUCAUUGUCGAUCCUGAUUACUACGACGUGCUCGAUGAACCUGGGGAUGAUGAGAAUGACAUGCUGGAUUUGGCUUACGGGUUGACGGAAACAAGUAGGUUGGGAUGCUGUAUCAAGAUGAGCAAAGAUGUCGAUGGCCUCAGAGUUGCACUGCCUGCGAUGACCAGGAACGUCAACUCCUCAGACUUCGAGUGA